UUUAAUGGGCUGCAGAAGUAACAUCAGAAAGGUUUAAAUGCUUCAGGCACUAUGUCCAAUUAAUCCUUCUCUGUAAUCCGCCAUCAAUUUAUAUAAGGUUAUGUACAACCAGAUUCGGUAAACAAAGUGCCUUAACUGGAUCGAUACCGUGGGAGUAAGUAGCUCGGGAAAAGCUGGAACGAAAUACCAUAACAAUGUUUUCUGUUCUUGGUGGGACGUCUUAUCAUCCAAAAUCGUACACAAACAACCUCUGAUAUCAUCGCUUCGGACACUCUGAGAAAGACAUGUAAUUGAGCUGUGUGUUAUGUACCUGAAUUGAAUCAAAACACAAGAGAAGAUGAAGAAUGUAAGACACUCAGAAUUUUCUACGAUGAUGAAGACAAGCGUGUGGAUCUUGGCAAUAGUAACGCUACACUUUCUUGUCGGGUGCAAGUCACAAGUUGCUGAUUUCGAUGAGCGGGAUGUCAGUUUGAGCGUGAACAAGAGUGAGCCUGGUAUAGUCCAAUAUUACAGACCACGGGAACGCUCUCCCUUUGUGGUGUUUGUCUAUGAUCCGAAUGUCGGACCCGGAUGUCUGGAUGAGUGGGGAGGAUCCGUUGUUGUUUGCCUAUAUGGGCGAUGUCCGCUACCUUCAGAGCACGUAAUACGCCUUUUGUCUCCCCAACUCAGAUAUGGUACCUUAUUGACACGCCUAUUGACCAGCGAGUCGGAUCGACAUAAGGAGCUCAUCGUCCUCAACGAUGUCGACAUGCAAAUCCCUUUAUCGGUCCUGUUGGAACACGUACAGUCCGUCGAUGUAGUCAUUGUAGAUAUCAAAUUAUCGGAUGGGAAUUUUCUGGACUCACUACGGAAAGUUUUGUCUCGCUCGGAUUCACGGAAAUUCAUCUUUCUUGGAACGCCAUCUUUGGUUAAGAACGUCACAACUUUGAUAACGGAGCUGACGGCGUUAGUAGCCGAUACCAUAUGGCUCUUACUUGAUUCACAGGGCAUUGUUCCUCUCUGUUCCAAUUGUGACAGUACUAUCAACCUACUUCGAGAUGACUAUAUACCACAAGUCGAAACAACUAUUGAGUCUGUUGUUCGCCGAAUGCUCAAUACGUCACAUGUUUAUACCAACGAAGGGAUUGAUCCGUUGUUCCUUACCUCCGAAUUGAAACAGGCUUUGACCACCGUCCAGCAUGAAAUAAAGAUAUUCCAGCCAACUUUGAAUGGAACGUUUGCUCAGGUGGGCGUAUGGAAUGACCUCACAGAAACAUCUGGCAGACUGCCUGUCAACUCUACAACAAAUAACAGAAAGCUAGCUCUUAGAGUUGUGACUGUCCAUCGCCCACCGUAUGUAUUCAAAGACACGUAUCAAGGUGUCACCUCAUAUCGCGGUUACGCGGUAGAAUUGUUGAGCAAGCUCGCAGAAGAGUCUGGGAUACAAUUCAUUAUAAAUGAGUGUACCAUCAACCAACCCUUUAUAGAAGCCACUGUAUUCACCUGGAAUGAAUGUAUUGAGGAUGUAGUUACCGGAAGAGCUGACAUGGUCAUCGGCCCAAUUGCAGUCACCAAGGGACGAGAAAUGAUGGUUGACUUCAUUUUGCCAUAUAUUCAGUACGAUGGGGUUCAAAUGCUUACGAGAGCGAAAAAAGGAAGACGCUUUGACUUUUUAGAAAUAUUUGACCACUGGUCAAUGCUUGUUUGGCUGAGUUGUUUUAUAUUCACCUCGGUUUCACUGUGGAUUUACGAAAAUAUAAUAAAAAAGCUGGAGAGAAAGAAAAAUCCUGAUGUCAAGUACUGUUCAUUCCAAGACGUGGUUUGGUUUAUCAUAACAAAGGCAGAUUUUGAAUGUGAAGGUAUUCGUUUAUCUCGGACCAGUACAAAGUUAAUGGGUUUCGGCUUCUGGCUGCUGUCCUUUAUCCUACUGUCCGCCUUCACUGCUAACCUGGCAUCCUUCAUGACCGUUUAUCGUAUGGACGAGAUACAAGUCAACACUAUAUCGGAUUUAGUAAACAAAAAGGAUGUCAAAUUCUCUGUUGUGUGGGGGUCAGAUGAAAUGGUGUAUUUCGAGAACAUGAUGAAAACAGAAGAAGCAUUUCAUGAUCUAUGGAAAAGUUCUAACCUUUACCCAGACUAUAAGCAAUAUGCCUUUAAUGAAAUUGUCUGGGACUACCCGGUCAGAGACACUUUCACGAAAAUAUGGCAAAGCAUGACAAUUACAGGAUUCUUCAAUACUACGUCCGAGGCUCUGAGAAGGGUUGCUGAAGGAAAUUUUAUUCUUUUGGCAAAGACAGACACUGUGAAAUAUUUAAUAUCACAGAAUUGUGAUGUGAAGUCGCUUGGGUCGCCCAUGGGCUAUCAUCCUGUUGGAUUCGCACUGAAGAAAGAUUCCAGUCUUAUAUCAGCAAUGUCAAACAGUUUUAUGGAAAUACAACAAAGUUCUGACGUGGAAAGUUUGAAAAGAAAGUGGUGGGAGAAUGGAGAUUUGCUCUGCGACACAAGUGAAAUAAUACAGGAAAUAGGGUUCACAGAAAUCGCUUAUUGGUUCCUGACUCCGGUGUUUGGUAUAAGCCUAGGGAUCUUUGUCCUUGGAAUGGAACGCAUCGUCCGCUACAGAAUCAGUAGGAAAGCGAAGAAAUACACAGUCCGAAAUGGCUAUUCACCCACACAGCAUUUUCGGGACAACGAUGAUGAGGGCAGUAGACAGGAUGGAAGGACAAAAAACAAUGGGUUUUGUGAAAAUAGUCCUAAACAUGUGAUGACUACAGGAUAUGUCAACAAAGGCAUGUCAUAUCUAUAAUCUCUUAAACUUUUACUAAUGUGUCUUGUUGUGUAAAUAUUCUUUUACAGUUAUGACAUGUUUUUAUUCAUAUAUAUAAUAAGAAAAAAAGUGUGUGUCCAUGUGGAGUUGGUAAAUGUUUAAAUAUCUAUAUAUAUAUAAUAACAAAGCUCGCCUAACAACUUACAA